AUAGCAUUCCGGCGACUCCUCCGAUCUAUCACUUCCUGCAACCGUUUAACCGGAACGAUGGAAAGAGAAUGAGGAAUUACCGGUGCCGAUCAUCAUGUCGGUUUCCUGCUCCGAUCACUACUUCUGUGACUCCGACCUUCUUUGCAGCGAGGAUACAUCCGGAAUCUUGUCCGGAGAGUCGCCGGAGUGCUCCUCCGACCUUGAUUCCUCGCCAUCGCCAGUAGUUCCAGAGGAGUCGAUAGCCGGAUUCAUCGAAGAGGAGCGCAACUUCGUUCCUGGAUUCGAUUAUUUCUCCAGAGUUCAAUCUCAUUCGCCCGACGCCUCCGCCAGAGAAGAAUCCGUUGCAUGGAUUCUCAAGGUGCAAGCACACUAUGGUUUUCAGCCGCUGACGGCGUAUCUUUCCGUCAACUAUUUGGACCGGUUUUUGGAUUCUCGGGAGUUUCCUCAAUCGGAUGGGUGGCCGAUGCAACUUUUAUCUGUUGCUUGUUUGUCAUUAGCUGCAAAAAUGGAGGAACCUUUAGUUCCGCCCCUUUUGGAUCUACAGGUAGAAGGUGCCAAAUAUAUAUUUGAGCCAAGAACAAUUCGUCGGAUGGAACUACUUGUUCUGAGUGUUCUGGAUUGGAGGCUAAGAUCAAUCACGCCAUUCAGUUUCAUAGAUUUCUUUGCUUGCAAACUGGAUCCAACGGGAACUUUCACUGGGUUACUCAUUUCUCGGGCUACAGAAAUAAUCUUAUCUAAUAUCCAAGAGGCUAGCUUUCUUGCCUAUCGGCCAUCAUGUAUUGCUGUCGCGGCCAUACUUUGCUCAGCUAAUGAAAUUCCUAACUGGUCUCUUGUUAAGCCUGAGCAUGCUCAGUCAUGGUGCCAGGGACUGAUAAAAGAGAAAAUCAUAGGUUGCUACCAGUUGAUCCAAGAACUUGUGGUUGACAAUAAUCGGAGGAAGCUGCCUAAAGUCUUACCACAGUUGCGAGUAACGAUCCAACCCAGAGUGAGUUCAACCCAGAGUGAGUUCAAGUAUUUUAUCUUCGUCUUGUCUUCGUCUUCGUCUUCUUCCUCCUCCUCCUCUUCGUCGUCGCCUAGUAAAAGGAGGAAAUUAAAUAACUGCUUGUGGACAAAGGAAAUGCCCAGUGAAUAUGGCGAAAAAGGAGGG